GAAAGUAAAAAAAGCGAAGAAUGAGAAGAAGAAGAAGAAGGCGGAGUCCCCACUUUACUAUUAAUUCAUUCUGCAGGACGCCAACUUCCUUUCUUCACUCCUCACUAGUCCUACUGUCCUAGUCCAAGCUGAUACUUCUUCUACUUUGCUCAUUUUUUCUUCCCCACUCUCUCUCCUCCGAAUUUCGCGAAACCCUAGAAAAUCUUCACUACUUUUUUCUUCGAAAUUGCAGAAAGGGGAGAAGUCAGCCUGAGUUGUAUAAGGAUUAUAUGAAGUGGCAAAGUGCUUGUAUCUCGAAAAGUGAUGCGAGGAUUUUUCUUGGUGCCCAACCCUGUUCCUCUCUCAUAGUUCUGUGGUAAUUGUUUACUCGAUUCCUGUUUGGCUUGCUGUGUUGGCGUCUAUCAUCAUGUCACUGGACAUGUCUUUCUGAAUCAUGUUCCUUGGGCUUCUGCCACCAGAUAUGGAAGACUUAACUGUUCUACAUAUAAUUAUUUAGUUAAUGUAGAAUGGAUCUUAUGGACACCUGGCCUCAGUUGUUUAAUGAUUUCUACUGCUAGGUGAAUCAAGACCGGUAUUUAUUGAGUUUAUGUGAUUAUUUGAUUAAAUGAUAUGUUUCUUUCAAUUUUGUAUAUCUGUUUUUGAUUUGCAUUUAUUCGCGACAGAUCUAGUCAUAGCAUCUCAGCAGAUCUCCCGCUUCUGUUAUAGGAACACAAAAUGCUGUCUGAGUUUUUAGGUCAUAUAUAUGGUGCUUAUGUUGUCCGCAUGAUGUGACAUAUGUUAACUGAUGUCAUGGAUUUCGAUCCAAGAGUUACAUCCGAUGGAUAUGGAUGGCACUGUAAUUUUCACUUUGGCUAUGGACAUGAUGUCAUUGAAGAUGCAAAAAAUGAGAAAUCUUGUGUGCAAGUGCUACAGUGUCUGAUAGCUAAAGCAGAUGCUGAAAUUCAUGAUCUUGAAGAUGAACUGGCUAUCCUUCAAUGCCAACUGAAGUGGGCUGAGUCAGAUGAACAGAGGAAUCCAUAUGAAGUCUGCUGUGCUACUUUCAAGCAGAAGAUAGAUUUACUGACUACAUCAAUUAUGAAUUUUAGAAAUAAGAAUAUCUUAACUGAGCAUGGCAUGGACACAACAGUAGAAGUCCAAAGGCCAGCUGAGAGAAUCUAUGAUAUUAUUACUGCUUUGAUUAAGAAGGAUUUUGCAGCACCCGGUGAACAGGUGGAAGACUUGUCUAAUGAAAUGAACUUGCUUGUCAAUUCUGGCUCAAUGGGCACUGACCUAAGACAAAGAGAAAUGACUUCAGAAUCAAGUGCAGAGUCCAAAGAGCUAUUGAGAGACUUUGGAAGACAGUUCAAGCCUGCGGACACUGUUUCUGAAGAAUCUUGCUCGGAGACUGCCAAAUAUGUGAUAAGGGACUCAAUUGAAGGCAGAGAAUUGGGCAAGACUGAUGUUGAAGUGACUGGAAAAAUUGAUGCUUAUGAGUUUACAUCUGAAGGAAAAACCGGAUUCUUGACUUCUCUGCAGCAUGGAGAAAGUGAGGAAUGCAUGACUGGUACAAAAAACAGUGGAAGCGGCUUGUCAUCUUUGUCUGCCAAGGCACAAGUGGUUGUAAAGGUUGAAGAGGCUGAUAAUGAUAUGAGCAUUCAACAUGUUGCUGAUGAUUUCCUUUGCAAGACGCAAGAUCAGGAGAGUGGAGAUCUAGUUAGGGAUCAUCAAGAAGUAAAAGAAUUUCAAUUCCGAACUAUUGACGAUAUCCACAUCAAAUAUGGCAGAAAAAAAUCCAGUUUGAGUUCUACUCUAAAACCACAAGGGCAGAAAGUACAGAGGAAAAAUCUCACCGGUGGCAGACAAAUCAAUCGAAAGAUGCUAAAGCCACAAGGGAAGAUUGGAAAAAGGCAAUUCCCUUCAAAUGCGGAUAAGUCUAGCGGAUCGGAUACACCUAUUUCUGUGGUAGAGGACGGAGUUUGUCCCUUUCCAGACAAAAUUUGGCCUACAAAACUAGGAGACAUCGCUGAGGGACAUCAACCUCGACUCUUAGGAAGCAAGAAACGAGAACUUCAAGGAGCCAGCAUAGAGAAUGCUAGUAUUCAUUCCAAAGAAAUGAGUGGUUCAAAGGAAGAUGAUGUGCAUGCAAUGGGUAGUUUGGCUUUAAAGUCACGGAAUGAACUGGUGAUGUGUCUGGAAUCACCCCUCACUGAAGGGGGAAUAGAUUCGGUUCAUGAUUCUAGUCCUGCAAAUCUGCAUAUUGCUGAGAGUAAGAGGACUAUUGUGGAGAAAAUAGAAACAAAAGAGUCGCCUGCCUAUGAUUUCGAAAGUUUGAGACUAAAGCUUUCUGAAGAUCCCCAAUGCUUAAACAAGCUGAAAGUGCCAGAAAUAAAAGAUAUUCUAAAGCACAAGAAGGUGCCCAAACUUUCUAAACUCAAGAAAGACAAGAUGAUCGAGGAACUAACCAAGCUACUAAAGGAAACGUAGAAUUUACAAGCAAGGAAUGUACAGAAUCCGUUAUUACUUUUUCUAACCCGUCUUUUUGUCUCUGCAGUGUUUUGCUCAUUUUGACUGGGCUUUGCUGCGGGAUUAUUUUUCAAGUCCCGAUGAGAAAGUUGACUUUAGGUAUACGUUGAAGAAGAUAUACAUCAUACAGGGUUUACAGUGCAGAUUGUUGCUAGGGCAGAAAUAUGUAGGGGUUUCUGAUGCUGCCGUUUUGUUUUACUGUCUACCUCAUUUUAUGAUGACACCGAUGAUUUAUGUACAGCAUGAAAAUGAACUGAGUAUAUAUGCAGCCAAUUGAAGGAUGCUAGUAGACAGAUUUUUUUGGUCGUCACUAAACAUUGUGAGCAACUGAGCAUGAUCCUGAAUCGAUAUUAUGUGCUGCAAGCUGAAAAAUGUUGCAAUUAAACAAGGUUUCUUGAUUUUUUGAACAUUGAAGCUGACUUUGUCAAGUUCAAUAUCCAUCUUUAAUUUGACAGCUUUUCAACUUGCA